AUGACUCCGCAGCAACCGCCGUUCCAAUGUGACUUCCCCGGGUGUGGCCUGAGCUAUCGUCGCAAGGAACAUCUGACGCGGCAUGCCAAAAGCCACAUCCAACCACGGUCUUAUGAAUGCCCCUUUUGCGACCGCGUCUAUGCUAGGAAUGACACGCGCCGGCAACAUAUCCGCACACAUCAUAAAAACAAGGAGUUUCAAUCAAGUCGGGCAAUCCAAGCUUGCCAAUACUGUCGCGCGCGAAGAUCCAAAUGCGACGGACAGACUCCCUGUGACGCCUGUCUUCAGCGAGGGAAUCAGUGUCUCUACUCACCGAAUCCGCGACGCCGUGUGUUGGAAGCUACCGACAGUCCAACGGACGACACGAGCUCCACGGCGGGUGUAGAGGCGGAUUCGGCCGAUUCCACCACUUCGUUUGCGGCAGAAUCAGGCUCUAUUCAGCGUGCCGAAGUGACUGAAAGCAACCCACGUAGAAUCGCACGAUACGUGGAGGCUUAUUUCGACAUCUUCCACCCCAAAUGGCCAUUUCUACACCCUGCGACGUUCGAUCCGGACCGUGAGCCAGCUUUUCUUCUGCAAUCGGUGAUUAUGAUAGGACUUUGGGUGACGGGUGAGAGCACGGCGCGACAGACUGCAAAGGACCUUCAUCAGAAACUCACUCUUUCAAUCUAUGAGCAAAAAGAGAUAUGGGACUUGUCAAUUCACCAGGACGAGUCACAAGUCCAACCCAAUGACACACCCUCGUCGGAGUCUACUCCUUGGCCAAUGGCAACCUAUCAAGGAAUAUUGUUGCACCUCAUUUUUGCCCUUCUUCUCUCUCAUGACCAUUUGGACCUGCAGUUGACGCACGCGUUGCCUGAAAUACCUUCGCGGCUUCUCGUCGCGCUUGUGCGCACCUGUCUGAAGCGGAAUAUGUUCUUCUAUCCCUCGAUGUUAACUCAAUUCAAGCCUGGAGUGGAUCCUGACGUAUUUAUCUGGCUGGGUAUCGAAGAGGUCAAACGGUUCUGUCUGUCAUUAUACCGAGUGUGCCGGCAGUCCCGAGUAUCUGAACCCAACCUCCUGGAAGACAUGUCCAGUUUCAGCCCCCAUCGUGGACCGCGACCACCCGGGGGACGGCUUCUGUCUCUGACAGACUUGCAAUUUGCUUUGCCAGACAGUGAUGAGCUCUGGAAUACCACGUCAGGUUUGGCGGCGCGACUCGCGGAAAACCCAACCGCGUAUCAAAAUGGGAACGUUGAAGAGAACUGGAUUUCUCAAACUGCGCGGCUUUUGCAGCCUCGUGAUGCACAAUUUCAGUGGAUAUGA